AUGGUUCUGCAGAGCGGCAUGGACCCCGGGCACCCCGUGCGGCUGGAGCCCUUCCUGCACCAGGUCGGGGGGCACCUGAGCGUGAUGAAGUACGACGAGUCCACCGUCUGCAAGCCCCUCAUCUCCCAGGAGCAGAAGUUCUACGAGUCCCUGCCCCUGGCCAUGAAGCAGUUCACCCCCGAGUACAGAGGUACCAUCACCGUGCGCCUCCGCAAGGACAGCCUGGGACACCUCAGCCUGGAGGCCAACCCGCUGGUGGAGGGCGGGGGCCCCUUCCCGGUCUCCCCCGAGUCGGCCGUGGCUCUCUGGCAGAGGCUGCAGCAGAGCGCGGGAGGGGGCGCCCGGCCCCUGGCCCAGCUGGCUCACUCGCUCAAGGAGAGCCGGGCCACGGCGCUACUGCGGUCCGAGUUCCACCUCCACUCCACGGAGACCUCCCUGGCCGCCCCAGAGGCCGAGGAGCACCAGGCUGAAAGCAGCUUCAACCCGUGGGGCCUGCACUGCCACCAGGCCCACCUGAGCCGCCUGUGCGCCGAGUAUCCGGAGAACAAGCUACAGAGGUUCCUGCUGCUGGAGAACGUGGUGUCGCAGUACAAGCUGCCGUGCAUCCUGGACCUGAAGAUGGGCACGCGGCAGCACGGGGACGACGCGUCCGAGGAGAAGAAGGCCCGCCACAUGCGCAAGUGCGCCCAGAGCACCUCCGCCUGCCUGGGCGUGCGCAUCUGCGGCAUGCAGGUUUAUCAAACUGAUAAGAAGAACUUCCUCUGCAAAGACAAGUACUACGGGAGGAAGCUCUCGGUGGAGGGCUUCAGACAAGCCCUCUACCAGUUCCUGCACGACGGGACCCGCCUGCGGACGGAGCUCCUGGCGCCCGUGCAGGGCCAGCUCCGCGCCCUCCUGUCCGUCAUCAGAAGCCAGUCUUCCUACCGCUUCUACUCCAGCUCCCUCCUCAUCAUCUACGAGGGCCAGGAAGGCCCAGACACCCCACCAGGCACCCCCGCCGGCCCCGGGACCCAGGACUCGGCUCUGCAGACAGCCGGGGGCGACUCUCUCGAGGGCCUGGCCAAAGUCGACAUCCGGAUGAUAGAUUUUGCUCACGCCACGUACAAAGGCUCCUGGAACGAGCAAGCCACCCACGACGGACCCGAUCAAGGCUAUAUUUUCGGCCUGGAAAACCUCCUUCAGAUCCUGCAGGACAUCCAAGAGGGAGAAUGAGAUGUGUCAGGCCCAUCCCGAGUUCUUCGAGACUUGAGAACUCGAAAGGGGCCUGUGGGGCCGCGAGGGUAGUCUAGAUGCCCCCUUCAAUGGAGUAAACCCUUUGUAAUCAUCAUGCCUAUGUUCAGACGCCGUAUCUGUGCCUAUCAGGCUGCAAUCCUAGCUGCUAAAGAAACCAGCGCCGGGAGCCGGGACGCCAGGAUGGCCUGGCCACCCCAGCCCCAGCCCGCUGGCCUCCGAAUCCCUGUGACAGGGCGCUUUGAUCAGGCUGAGCUGAGCGCUCCCCGCCGCCCGCCCGCCCGCCCGGCCUCGGGAAGGAAAGUCCAUUAGCAUCAACCCCGGAAAUGCUCCUGUUCUUCACUGCUCCGGCGAUCACUGUUCCCACUGGGUUAUUUUUCACAGGCAAGUCUUCCGUAUCCAAAGGCUCCUCUGGGACGUCUGGAAGGGACAGCUCAUUUCUACGCUGCCGUGGUUACGGGGGCCACCAGCCACGCGGUGCCGGCUGCUCUCUGGCCCAGAAGGAAGCUCCUGGCCAGCCGGAGAGGGGGGCGGGGGCCUCGCCCUGGGACAGCGGCCGAGCUUUCUGCCUUGAUGGGAAGCAUCUGGAGUAGUCGUGAUUCAAUUACGGUGAGAGAACAUGUUCAAACAAACGAGAACAGGGAACCAACGCUGGCCACAGUCCCAUGGACCCCGCAUCUGUGCACAUCUGGCCAGCAGACAGGACAGUCAGUGGACACUGGUACCACCUGGCGGGGGGGGGGGGAGGGAGUGGCACGUAUCGCAGGCUGGCGUUCCUCAGAGUCAGGAAUACUUGCACCGAGAGACGCUUUGGGGCUGCAGUCUUCACAAACAGUGAGCACCCUCCUUACUCGAGGAACCGGGGAGAGGGACUUGUCGAGGCCAAGGCCGGGUGCUCCCGAGGGCUGCCCGAGCCGGGCAAUGGUGCAGGGAGAGGCCACCGUGCCUCUCACCUCCUCCAGGGGCCAUGCAGGAUGAAGCUGGACACCUUGGUCCAUCUUGCCCGCUUCGUAACCCCCACCCCGAGCGUGGAGAGCCAAGACUCCAUUUUUGCCCCUGGAGAACAGGGUCUUACAGACUUCAGCUGCCCAAGUGCUGAUUUAUGAAAUGCAGCUUCUGCAGGGAGGUGUGGACACGCACACGCGCCUGCCAGAGCCCAGAAUGCCGAACUAUACUCAGCUUUCAUUUUCUUUUUUUUUGGGGGGGGGGAGAUGAUGGGGAGGGGGAGCCUGGUGGACCCAGGAAAUCAGGCGCGAUGUUUACAAGACUGGCGGGCGUGUGUAAAUAUGGAACAAAGAGCAAACAGUUGUAAUUAAUUCCUUCUUCUGCAGCGUGGAACCCUAUUACAGCGCCCUGGAGUCCAGCACGGAGCUCCGGUACCCAAUUAGGGAAAUAAAUUUGUUAAUAAAAUUGC